CGGGUGGCGGUCUGAAGAGAUUAGCGCUUGCGGGCACCUUUUGUUUCCGAUGCCGCUCCGUUUCCUGCGGCUUUUCGGGCGUCUUUAUCGCUCCCUGUUGCUAUCGGGACGUUGAGGCGCUCGAUUGCGCUGGAUCGUGCUCGCGCGCCGAAAACCUGCUCGUGGACUACCAAGCGCCUUGCAAGCGGUGUCGCUGUGCGUGUGUGCCUGCGUGCCCGCCCGAUGCUUCGCUGCAGGGGACGUGCACGCGCAAAGUAUAUAGAAAUCACGAGCUUGCGAGAGAUGGCCCGCCUCCCGUUUGCCGUUUGGUCCGAGCCGCCGCUGAUGAGCGUGUGACCCCGCCCCCACGCCAUGGCCCUGGGCGAGCGGCCACCGUUGCUGCUCCUGCUCACUUCCUGCUUCCUGCAUGCCUCGUCCUUCCCACGAGACCUGCAAGCCAUCAGCCUGCUGGACGAGUCGGGACGCUUGCCGGUAUUCUCGAGUCUGCUGCGGGAUGACGCCAAUGGCCGGCCGGGUCUCCGCUUCCAGAGGAUGACGCGCGUCAACCGCAUGCUCUUCAUCACCGCCAGGGAUCACGUGUUUGCCGUAAACCUGACGACGGCAGCCGAGGCCUUCGUACCUCAGACGACGCUGACGUGGCGCGCCGCCGACGUGAGCAAGUGCGCCGUGCGGGGGAAAGACGGCGACGAGUGUUACAACUACAUCAAAGUGUUGGUGCCGCGCGACGACGAGACGCUGUUUGUGUGUGGGACCAACGCCUUCAACCCGGCGUGCCGCAACUACAAGACGAGCACGUUGGAACAGGUGGGCUCGGACCUGCCGGGUCAGGCGCGCUGUCCCUUCGAGUCAAGCCAGUCCAACGCCGGGACAUUCGCCGGUGGCGAUUUCUACUCGGCCACCGUGACCGACUUCCUGGCCAGCGAUGCCGUCAUCUACCGCAGCCUGGGAGAUGGCCGGCCCGUCCUCAGAACCGUCAAGUACGACUCCAAGUGGCUUCGAGAGCCUCGCUUCCUGCACGCCGUGGACUACGGGAGCCACGUCUACUUUUUCCUGAGCGAGAUCGCAGCGGAGUACACCACCUUGGGGAAGGUUGUCUUUUCUCGGGUGGCCAGAGUCUGCAAGAAUGACAACGGCGGCUCGCCGAGAGUCCUGGACAAGCACUGGACCUCCUUCCUUAAGGCCCGCCUGAACUGUUCUCUUCCCGGAGAUUCUCUCUUCUACUUUGACGUGCUCCAAUCGCUGACCGGCGUUCUGCAGAUCAAUGGACGUCCCGCCGUGUUGGCUGUCUUCACCACGCAGGCUAACAGCAUUCCGGGUUCGGCGGUGUGCGCGUUCUACAUGGACGAGGUGGAGAAAGUGUUUGGAGGCAAGUUCAAGGAGCAACGCGGCAGCGACUCGGCGUGGAUGGCCGUGGCGGACGACGCUGUGCCCGAGCCGCGGCCCGGCUCGUGCGCGGGCGACGGGCCAGCCGCCAACUUCAAAUCUUCUGCCGAUUUCCCGGACGAGACGCUGGCGUUCAUCAAAUCUUUUCCACUGAUGGAUGGUGCCGUGCCUGCUGUCAACCGGCGGCCACUUUACACCAGGACCGCCAGCAGGUUCAAGCUGACGCAGAUCGUGGCUGAUGUUUCGGCGGGUCCGCACAAGGAGCGCACGGUGGUGUUCUUGGGCUCCGAGGACGGCCGAGUGGCUAAGGUUCUGGCUGCCACGCUUCCCCACGACACCUUUGGCUCCAAACUCCUGGAGGACAUUGACGUUUACGACCCCGACAAGUGUGACCCUGGUGUCCGGGAGGGGGACCGCAGAAUUUUGGGCCUGGAGCUGGACAAGGAGCACCACGCCUUGUUUGUGGCGUUCAGCAGCUGUCUGGUGCGCGUGCCGCUCAGCCGAUGCCGACGGCACGGUGCCUGUAAAAGUGCGUGUCUGGCCUCGCGGGACCCCUACUGCAUCUGGCUGCGGACAGGAAGGUGUGCUGACAUGGCACCCGGGUUCAAGGCGGGAUUUGAGCAGGACAUCGAGGGGGACCACUCCAAUAUGGCCCCGUGUCAAGCGGUCAUCUCGGCGGCCUCUGGUAACCGGGAAACGCCCUCCGACUCGGCUUACGGCGUGCUUGGUGCCGCAGCCGUGGAUGAAGACUCGGCGUCUGGCGUCCACUACACUCUGCUGAUCGCCUGCGCGCUGCUGGCGUUCUUGCUGGGCGCCGCCUCGUCGGGCCUUCUGGCGUCGCGCUUUUGCGGCGGCGCCCAUCAGAAGGGGAAGUUGGACAAAGACCUGGAGGCCUCGCUGCCCCACGCCUUGUCGCUGCACUCGCUUGCCAAGCUGAGCGGACUCCUGGACACCACCGCACCCAAGGAGGACAAAACGGUCGAGUUGAAGUGCCCUGAGACGUGUGGAUCCUUCAUCCCCGAGGGCCGAGCAUCUGAUGCCCUGACCGCGUGCCACCGGCUUGCUGCGGCCGAGCCCCAAGUUGGCCUGACGCAGGCGGCCAGCGACCUGUCGGCUCUUCCCACGGCCAACUCGGGCCCGGAACUCCCUUGGCAGAAGACAAGCUCAGAAUUCCCUGUGCCGGAUGGCCCCGCCUCCUUUGCCGCGGUGACGACUGCUGACUGCGUGUCUCCGUCUGUUUUUCUGCCCCCUCAUCGCCAUGGCAACGGCCCACCGUCCUCUGAAGCAUCAGACGUGUCUGCGUUGGAUGAGCUUCUCAGGCACAUCCAGCAGGUCAGCGCCCAGGGUGACGGCGGCAUCAGGGUCCUGACGUCCACCUCUCGAGGGCAUCCUCACCAUCAUCUUCAUCAGUGUGGCUUGGACCGCAGCCAUCACUGUGGCAACCGGCAGCCGGCAACUCAAGCGCUGCCGCUGAAUGCUAACGGCGCUAUCUUGCGCCAACACGCCAUGAUCCCGGAGGCUCCGGUCCAGCCCGGAGGUCCCGCCCUCGUUGAGAUGGGCGGCGGCCUACCACGCCAUCACAGUUUCAACCAGCGGGGGGCGCCUCCACAGCAACGUUUGCUGGCCAGAAUGAACACCAACAGCAGCGGCCCCCCAGCUCCGCGGGCCUGCCUGACGCGUCAGCACAGUUACAGCGAGGGAGUCUGCGUGCAGCGUGGUAACGCUAGCGCCGUGCGCCGUGCUGUCUCUCUCAAGCCCAAAGUGCCGCCCAAACCUUUGUUCCUUCCCGACGCCCGCAAUUAGUCAGCGCCCAGACAGUCCCGGUGUUGAUGAGUCAGAUCAAAGCAAGCGUCCCCGACGCUAACAUCACCGCGCCGUUCGUCAGAGUGGACUCAGCUCGCUCCGCAUCACGUGAGCGCUCAGUGUCCCCGCACACUACCGGCAGCUUUUGUACCAUAUUGGUAUAUGGAACCUGAUUGGGGCGGGGGCUGUGCUGCAAUAAGACACAAAGGCACACUCUAUAUGACUUUAACAGUUUACCUCAAGAAAACAAACGUUUCUUAAAAAAAAAAAAAAAAAGUGACAAGCAACAAGAACCAGAAUGUCACUUUGUAUUCAAGCUUUUACACUGAAAUCCUAAAAAAAAUGCAUAAAAAAAGCAGGAAACUGAAGCGGGCUGCAUGUGACCUCCGACCUCUGCUCAUUGGUGGAGGAGCUGCAGGGCUCCCAGUGCCAUUAACAUGUAGCAUUGGUUUUAUUUACAGUACAAGCUUAAUAACAACGCUCCAUAUUUAUGAUGGCGACGUUGUUGUUGGAAGUAAAAGACGU